CAUACGAAAUAAAGGUUUUUAAAAAAAUGGAUAUAUAUCGACCCAACAAACGCCGUUUUCAAGCUAAGAGAGCAGCACAGAAAAGUUUGGAAGUUCGGCAGAAGAUUUGUAAAAAUCAUACGAUACAAGAAAUUAAUUCGUAUUUAAAUCAAAUGCAUCUCGAUAAG